AGGUGAAAAUGUUGAAGAUGCUUUCUUAGAAACUGCAAAAAAGAUUUACCAAAAUAUUCAAGAUGGGAGUUUGGACCUCAAUGCAGCCGAGUCCGGAGUACAACACAAACCCAUGACAGGCAGACCUGCCAAUGCCCUGAACACGGAUCAGCCAUCGAACCAAGACAGGUGUAAUUGUUAAUGAAUUGAGUAUGCUGUACAGUCUUUUACAAUGUAAUUAUCAAGGACAAACAUCCCCUGCAAGUCACGUAAACAAACCAUGACAUGUUUCUCUAAGGCUUACUGUUGUAACAUCUCUUCUCAUUAUUAUAAAUACAAUCUAGAACAAAGGAAAAACAAAAAGUUUGAACUAUAGUAUCAGCAAAACUAUUUUUUUGAGGUGACACAAACUUGACAAUACUCAUAAAUAGCUUUGUAUAGUAUAUUAGGUAAUAUGUCUGUAAAGCCUCCAUUUCGAUUAUUAGCAACUGGAGAGAAGAAUUUAAUUCAUGAAUAAAUACUGGUAGAAAUUCUAAGUCA